UGACGGGUGUCGUGACAUUCAAAUAUGUCUUGACGUGCGUAUGAUACAAUUUUAUUUGUUAAUAAAAUAAUGGAUGCUACUAAACUGCUAACACAAUCAAUUGACAAAUCACAAGUACCACCUUUGCAAAAGAAACGUAUUUUAGCUUUUGUCAAUCAUUUCCUUAUCAGUUCAUGCAGUUUUUUGAAUGAAUUCUCAACAAAUUGUGAAACAAAAUUCAUCGAAUUAGAAAGAAAACUACAGAGAAUCGAAGCUGCGCUAAUAAUACUAGAAGAAAAGCUUGCAUCUGUGCCAGACCUUACUGAAAAUGUUAAAACAUUAAAUAUUACAGCAAACGAAACUACAACAGUAAAAGACUCAACAAAUAUAGAAACCGCAACAAAAAAUAAUAAUGUAGAGACUGCACAACAGGAAACUGAACAUUUAGCUGGAAGUGGAGAUGUGGUCGAAUCCCCUGUACCUAUAGGUGUGCGUGCUUGCGAUGAUGUACGUUAUAAAAAGUAUUUUAAAAUGUUACAAUUUGGCGUACCUGUGAAUGCAGUCAAAUUAAAAAUGCUUGCUGAAGGGCACAAUGCAGACAUAAUUGAUAAUCCAACGUUGUUGCUUCCAGAUGGUAAAAGCUGUGAAUAAUUUAAUCGCUAAUGCCAAAUAAAACCAUUUUAUGCUUAUGUUCCUGAUAUUUGGAAUAAUUAUAUAUAACUUGCUAUAAAGCUGCUACCGUUGCUGGACACGAAAGGGACAAAUUUAUUGAAAUCGAAUAUUUUUAAACUGCAUUAAAAAAAACUUAAAAUAUAAUCUAAACAAAAUUUAUUUAAUGUGAAGAUUAAUGCUGUUGCAGAACAAUUUUUCGGUUACAACAAAUUUUUGCGUUAUCUACCUUAUAUACGGCUUUAAUAAAUUAUAAUUUUAUUAUAAAAUACAUAACUUAAUUGGUAAAUGAUAGUAAACAAAAUGGUACAUUUUAAUUACAGUAUAUUAUGUGGUGUUUUGAAUAGCAUAACUUUCACUUGAAACACUAAUAUAAUAUAAAAACAAAUCCUCCAAAUUUAUUUUAAAAUUAGUUUAGAGAGUAAUACUCAUGCGCCAGUUGAUCAAUAGAUUUCAUGGAAUAUAAUUACGUGAAAUACUAAAAGCUCUAAAGUUAUCCAACUCUAAAAAAGUUGGGUGUUUUACAUUGGAAAUGAUUUCUUGAACAUUUUUAAAAUAUUCUUAAAUAAUUAUUUGUAUACAUAAAAUAAUUCAUAAAUAUAUUGUGUGAAAUUUAUGUAA